UCCUCCAUCUGAACAGCAGGGAGAGCCUCUCCCAAAGGGAGACAUCACCAUCAACGCCCGUGCCUGGCCAGCAGCAUCGGCAGCCCGCUGGAAGGGGGACGAAUUAUGGAGGAAACCAUGUUAUAGUGGCGGACGCGGAGCGGUGUAUUAUUUAUUUACCUAUUUAUUAAUCUAUUUAUUUCCCCUGCCAGCAAUGGCUGGGGUCCGUGGCUGCGGCUGCUGAGAGGCAGGUGCAAUAUCAUCGACGAAGGCAUUUCGUUCCUCGGCAUGGGCUCAGCGAGGGCCGAUCCACAGGCUGGCCCACUCCACAUCCACUGCUCCCCGGAUCAGAUGCUCUCUUUGGGAAGAGAGAAAUAGCUGUGACGCGUCUGGACGCAAUACAACCGGCUGGCGGUGGAGGAGGAGGGGGGCCCCUCUUUACAUCAAAAUAUUAGAGCCAGUAUUUUCAGUACCGAGCUCAAGGUUACGCGCACACAACAGCCAGUCUUCGCCCAAGUAAUUCUGUGCUGCUGCAACACGGUGUAAGUGUUUUCUUUAUCUAAGGAAAGACUGUGAUUGAAUGCCCCCCCUCCCUAUUUUCUUUACGCUGUGUGGAUACAAACCCUGUGACAGUCUCGCCUUAGAGGCCUGAAAAACUGUUUGAGCGCAGCUGAUCAUCUGGAAAACAGAACGCCGGCUCCAGGUGCCAAGAUGAUGGAGCUGCAGAUAGACGAGGUGGUCUACCAGGACGACUACGGCUCCGGCUCCGUGAUGUCGGAGCGUGUGUCGGGCCUGGCCAACAGCAUCUACCGGGAGUUCGAGCGGCUGAUCCGCAGCUAUGACGAGGAGGUGGUGAAGGAGCUGAUGCCGCUAGUGGUGAACGUCCUGGAGAACCUGGACGCGGUGCUGACCGAAAACCAGGAGCACGAAGUCGAGGUGGAGCUGCUGAAGGAGGACAACGAGCAGCUCAUCACCCAGUACGAGCGGGAGAAAGCGCUGCGCAAGCAGGCGGAGGAGAAAUUCAUUGAGUUUGAGGAUUCGUUGGAAGCUGAGAAGAAGGACCUGCAGAUACAGGUGGAGUUUCUGGAGCUGCAGGCGAAACAGCUGGAGCUCAAGACAAAGAAUUAUUCUGACCAGAUCACUCGGCUGGAGGAGCGAGAAUCAGACAUGAAGAAAGAGUACAACGCUCUGCACCAGCGCCACACCGAGAUGAUUCAGACGUACGUCGAGCACAUAGAGCGGUCCAAAUUGCAGCAGGCGGGGAGCAACAGCCAAUCGGAAGGCCCCGGCUGUGGACGAACCAGCAAAGCGGAGCGACCACCAUCGUUGGGCCUGUACCACAGCGGCGAGGGCAUGGUACGUGGGGGUCUCGGGGGGGCUAGGAUGAUGCCCGGGAAAGACAUCUGGCAGGUCAGCGAGCUCGGCCAGUCUACCUUCAGCUCCGCCUAUCAGGAGGAUGGAUCAGAGUCCGACUCAGUGGCGGCCACACCCAGCAGCACAGGAAGCAAGUCCAACACACCCACCUCCUCCGUCCCCUCCGCCAGCGUCACCCCCAUGAACGAGGGCUUCCUCCCGCAUUCCGAGUUCGAUGUGAUGCGGGCCGGGAACCACAGGAAAAACGGCAAGCGGCUCAGCCGGAAUAUGGAGGUGCAAGUUUCCCAGGAAACCAAGAAUGUUGGCAUCGGUAUGGGAAGCAGUGACGAGUGGUCAGACUUUCAGGAGAUCAUAGAUUCUACUCCUGACCUGGACAUGUGUGUGGACCCCCGUGUGUACGGAGGAGGAAACAGCCCUUCCCAGGGUAUAGUGAAUGAGGCCUUCGGCAUCAACACCGACUCCCUCUACCACGAGAUCAAAGACGCCAAGUCAGACAUCAUUGGAGAUGUAGACGCAGGCGCCGAGCUGCUAGGCGAGUUCUCAGGGAUGGGCAAGGAGGUGGAAAACCUGCUGACAGAGAACAAACAGCUCCUAGAGACCAAAAACGCUCUCAACAUUGUGAAGAACGACCUUAUUGCCAAAGUGGACGAGCUGUCGGGGGAGCAGGAGGUGCUGAGGGAGGAGCUGGAGGCCUUGAAGCAGUCCAAGAACAAGGUGGACGCCAGAGUCAAGGAGCUGGAGGAAGAACUCAAGAGGUUAAAAGCAGAGGCGUCUCGGGACUCCAAAGAUGAAGGAGGAGAUGAUUUCUCAUCACCCAUGCAGGAUGGCGACAUGACAAUGACGCAGCGGCGGCGAUUCACGCGGGUGGAGAUGGCCCGCGUGCUGAUGGAGAGGAACCAGUACAAAGAGCGACUGAUGGAGCUGCAGGAGGCCGUACGGUGGACAGAAAUGAUCAGGGCAUCCCGAGAGAGUCCUCCCAUCCAAGAGAAAAAGAAGUCUACCAUCUGGCAAUUCUUUGCACGUCUCUUCAGCACAUCGUCCAGCCCUCCGCCUGUCAAGCGGCCGUACUACAGCGUCAACAUCCACUACAGGUCUCCGUCACCAGCCAGUCUCUCUCAGCGACGCAGCCACACCAUGUGUCAGAUCUCCACCUCCAACCGCACACUGGAGUUCUUCCCCGAAGAACUGGCCAGUAACGGUGUUGCGUCUCUCCUUAGUGACUCAGCAAUGUUGGCUCGCCGAGAGCAGCGGCGUGAACAGUAUCGACAGGUCCGCGAGCACAUGCGCCGCGAUGACGGUAUCAUGCAGACCUGUGGCUGGAGUGUGCCGUCUCGCUUCAGACAGACUGGUGGUCAGACGGACAGCACUCAGGACAGCCCGCUGAAGAGACAACAGACGACCAACGAAAAAGAGGAUACACGCAUGAAGAAUGUUCCCGUCCCUGUGUACUGUCGCCCUCUGGUAGAGAAGGACCCCAACAGGAAGCUGUGGUGUGCAGCAGGAGUGGACCUGACAGGAUGGAAGGUUAGCAGCCUGGAGUCGGUACCAGCCAAAGCGCUGUCAGGCAGCAGUGAUCCCCUGCAUGCUGAGGAGGAUGGAGCUGAGAAGAAGAGCAGCCACAACUCCCCAGAGAAGAGGAAGUCCAAGGAGCUCCAAGAAACAGACACCAUGAGCAGUCGAGUGUGGAUACUCACCAGCACCCACUCUGCCAGCAAGGUGGUCAUCAUCGACGCCAACCAGCCGGGCUCACUGGUCGACCAGUUCAACGUGUGCAAUGCCCACGUACUCUGUAUCUCCAGUGUGCCGGCUGCCAGUGAGAGCGACUAUCCAGCAGGAGAGAUUGUGCUGGAUCCAAGUGAUGGCAGUGCAGGGGGAGGCGAGGACACAGGUGGUGUGGAGGGCAUGUUGGCUGGUAUCACUCUCGUCGGCUGCGCCACCAACUGCAGCGUUGCCCGUAGCAACUGCUCCUCACGCACUGACACCCCCAUAAUGGACAAAGGACAAGCCCCUACUGCUCCCCCCAUGAAUGGGAAGAUUCACCCCGCACAGUCGGCUGAGGAAGCCACAGAAGCCACCGAGGUUCCUGAGUCAACAGCCAGCCACACAGAAAUGGGUUCUGGACCUCCAGGACCGUUUACUGAGCAUGUCUUCACCGAUCCCCAGCCUCGACCAGCAGACCCCUCUGACAGAGGUUCUGGUCAGUCCAAAGAGGAAACGUCUCAGGCUCCAGAGUCCGAGGACGGAGGUGAAGAGGCCAAAAACUACACUAGUGUGGCCCCCACCAUGUGGCUCGGGGCCCAGAACGGCUGGCUCUAUGUCCACUCAGCUGUUGGAAACUGGAAGAAGUGUCUACACUCCAUCAAACUCAAAGACUCGGUGCUCAGUCUUGUGCAUGUGAAAGGUCGUGUACUGGUUGCCCUCGCUGACGGGACCCUCGCCAUUUUCCAUAGAUCAGAGGAUGGCCAGUGGGAUUUGUCCAACUACCACCUAAUGGACCUCGGACGGCCUCAUCACUCCAUUCGCUGCAUGGCUGUCGUCCACGAUAAAGUGUGGUGCGGCUAUAAGAACAAGAUCCACGUCAUCCAGCCCAAGAGUAUGCAGAUCGAGAAGUCCUUCGAUGCCCACCCUCGCAGGGAGAGCCAGGUACGACAGCUAGCGUGGAUCGGUGAUGGCGUGUGGGUGUCAAUCCGACUCGACUCGACCCUGCGUCUCUACCAUGCUCAUACACACCAGCACCUCCAGGACGUGGACAUUGAGCCAUACGUCAGCAAGAUGCUGGGUACUGGCAAGCUGGGCUUCUCUUUUGUGCGAAUCACAGCACUACUGAUCGGUGGAAAUCGUCUUUGGGUAGGAACUGGAAACGGUGUGAUCAUCUCCAUCCCACUGACAGAGACGGUGGUCCUUCACCGGGGACAGCUCCUGGGUCUGAGGGCCAAUAAGGUUUCUCCCACAUCGUCUGGUGGAGUGAUCCACGUGUACGGCGACGACGGCUCUGAGAAGAGCAGCGGCAGCUUCAUCCCCUACUGCUCCAUGGCACAGGCCCAGCUCUGUUUUCAUGGACACCGUGAUGCUGUCAAGUUCUUCGUCUCAGUGCCCGGCAAUGUCCUGGCCACCCUAAACGGCAGUGUUCUGGACAGUCCAUCGGAGGGGCAGGGCUCCACAGCACCCCCAGAGACGGAGGCCCAGAGUGUUCACCACGUGCUGGUGCUGAGCGGAGGAGAGGGCUACAUUGACUUCCGUAUAGGGGAUGGAGAAGACGAUGAGACAGAGGAAGGAGAGAGUGGUGGGGCUGCACAAAUGAAACCUGCUUUGUGCAAAGCUGAGCGGAGCCAUAUCAUUGUCUGGCAGGUGUCUUACGUAUCCGAGUGACACCUGGAUCUGCUUUAACACCUGAAACCCACCCACCCACCUCCUUAAAGAAACCUUGUCCUCCUGCCCCAAAAAGCUUCCAGCCACCCAAGCCUUGUAAUUAUCCCCAGUCAAGUAAAAGUUUCCCCCGGCUCUAAAACAACCCUCCAAUCCGUGUAUCAUCCCCUUGUAACUAUUAUAUCCCCUCCUGCCCCGUCACCUUGUAACUUUAAUGCCUUGUAAGUACCUCCUCUGAUCUAGUAAUCUGCCUGCCAUCCUGUCUGUCCCACCCAGGGCAUUGUAACUAUCUUCAUGAGCCUUGUAACCCAGCCUCAUAACUACCUCCCUCCUCUGUAUCGAUCUUAUAUUCACCCUGUAAGCACACUGUAUCGCCUCCUAUAUUUACCUCAAUUGUCCUGCAUCUGCCCC